AUGUCGGACGACGGCAACAGAGCGCCUCCCCAGGGCGGCGUCAUUGAGGGCGCCAAUCCCUCCGAGUACAACCCCAAUGAUCCCAUUGUCAUCUUCAUCAUCCAGGCCGGCAUGAUCCUCAUCGUCUGCCACGCCCUCCACUGGCCCCUCGCCAAAAUCCGCCAGCCUCGCGUCAUCGCAGAAGUCAUAGGCGGUAUCGUCUUGGGCCCUUCCGUCAUGGGUCGUAUACCGGGCUUCCGCGAUGCCAUCUUUCCCUCCGAAUCCAUUCCGAACCUCACACUGAUCGCCAACGUCGGUCUCGUGCUGUAUCUCUUCAUCAUCGGCAUGGAGACGGACGUCGGUUUCCUGCUGAGCAACUGGCGCAUCGCCACCUCCGUCUCCGUUGCUGGUCUCGCCUUUCCCUUCGGCAUGGGAUGUGCCUUGGCGUGGGGCAUCUACAACCAGUUCUCGGACGAUCCCGGUAUCCUGCACAUCGACUUCCCCAUUUACAUGCUGUUCGUUGGUGUUGCCAUUGCCAUCACGGUGCGUCUUGCGCCCCGCUCUUUGCCACCCCUUCUGCGCCCCGAGUCCGCAGUGCUGAUCAUAGGCUCCCAGGCUUUCCCUGUGCUCUGCCGUAUCUUGACCGAGCUCAAGCUCCUCGACACGUCCGUUGGUGUCAUUACGCUUGCGGCUGGUGUCGCAAACGAUGUCGUUGGCUGGAUCCUGCUCGCCCUCUGCGUCGCCCUCGCCAACGCCGGCAGUGGUCUCACGGCCGUAUGGAUUCUGCUGUCUUGCGCCGGCUUCAUGCUCUUCCUCAUGUACGCUGUCAAGCCAGCCCUCCUGUGGCUCCUACGCAGGACCGGCAAUAUUGAGGAUGGACCCUCGCAGAGCAUGAUCUCCCUGAUUCUGCUCAUUGCCCUCGCCUCGGCAUUCUUCACGGCUAUCAUCGGCGUACACGCCAUUUUCGGCGGUUUCAUGGUCGGCCUGAUCUUGCCCCGUGAGAACAGCUUCAACAUCAAGGUCACCGAAAAGCUCGAGGAUCUGAUUGGCGCCAUCUUCCUGCCGCUCUACUUCACCCUGUCUGGUCUCAAGACGGACAUUGGUCUCCUCGACAGCGGCAUCGCCUGGGGCUACGUCGCCGCCGUCACCUUGACGGCCUUCUUCGCCAAGGUCAUGAGUGCUACCGUCGCUGCCCGCCUCAACGGCCUCGUGUGGCGCGAGUCGUUCACUAUUGGUGCCCUCAUGAGCUGCAAGGGCCUUGUCGAGCUCAUCGUCUUGAACAUUGGUCUGCAGGCUAGGAUUCUCAGUACCAGGACAUUCACCAUUUUCGUCGUCAUGGCCCUGCUCACGACCUUUGCGACGACGCCCAUCGUCUCCUUCCUCUACCCGCCUUCGUAUCAGAAGAAGCUCGCCGCGUGGAAGCGUGGCGAGAUUGACUGGGACACAGGCGCGCCUCUGGGUUCGGCUGCAUCAGGCUCGGACAGCGCCGCGGUCAAGCCGGCGACGACGCGUGUCCGCCGCGUGCUCGUCUAUCUUCGCCUGGACAACAUGCCUUCCAUGCUCAACCUCGUGUCUCUCUUUGGCAAGCCCGCGCCCCUCGGCCAGCAGACGGCAGCUGAUGAGAAGACGGUGGCCUCGUCCGAGGCACAUGCCAUCCAGCCAGCUGUCAAGGCCCACGGUCUACGUCUCAUGGCUCUGACGGAUCGUGACUCCUCUGUCAUGACUGUCUCGCAGGUCUAUGAGUACAGCCGUAAUGACUCUGUCGUCAACAUUUUCCGCACUGUCGGCCAAUUCCUCAAGAUUGCCGUCUCCGGUGAGGUGGCCGUCAUGCCCGAGACUCGAUUCACAGAAGCUCUGCUCGCCAAGUCGUCCGACAUUUCGUCCGACCUCCUGCUGGUGCCCUGGAGCGAGACGGGCAGCUUGACCGACUCGCAAUUUGCCACGUCGGAGAGCAAGCUGACAUCAACUACGUACAUCAACUUUGUCAAGUCGAUAUUCGCGUCGACGCAACACAAUAUUGCCAUUUUCUUCCCUCAAGGCAACAGCACGCAGCCUACAGCCGAGCCAAAGCAGGAGCGCUCCAAGCUUAUGCGAGCCUACUCAUUCAGUGACCUCCACGACGACAUACCCGCCAUUCCCGUCACCAACCGGUCUCACCACAUUUUCUUCCCCUACCUUGGAGGCCACGAUGACGACUUUGCCCUGAUGCUUGUUCUUCAACUCUGCGAGAAGCAGGAUGCCACCGCCACGAUCAUUCAUGUCUCUGCCGACUCGGCGCAUGCCAGCGAUGACGACGUGCCGUCGUUCAUCUCGACCAAUGCCGACAGGUCGGUCGCAGCACGCAUCACGUACGAGGCUGUGACGGCAGCGAACCCUGCCGAGGUGGUGCUCAGCCGCGCGAAGGAGGAAAUUCGUGUCGAUACCAAGGAAGUGACUUGGCAGAACCUGGUUGUCCUCGGCCGCCGCGCCGAGAAGUACGUCGGCGACGAGGUCAAGGACUGCCUCGGGCGCUGCCGCGGCGAACUUGAUCGCCAAGAAUAUCAAGGCUGA